AAUGAAAAAAAAAAAAACCAACGAAGAAUUACACAGAACUCUCUCUCUCUCUCUUUCUCCCUCCCUCUCCCCUGAUGUCGUUGAUGCGCCUCCUCCUCACAGCCUCUUUCAUCCACCCACCGCCGCAAUUUCCAAUAUUUAAGGCGCCAAGCCGCUAUUUCAGCAUCCGGCUCGACCAAUCAAGCCGGUCGAACCGUUAAGCCGCCUCCGCCUUCAUGUGGUGGACGUUAGCCAAGAUGUGGGCCUACAGCUUGCAACUGGUCUUGAAGAAAUCUGGACACCGUCUUCUCAAACGACUCCAUAUUUUCCGUGAAUUGUAUGGUCUCGUACAAGUUCCAGCGCGGCGUCGCGAGGACUUUUCGGGCCAGCUGAAGGCUGUUCUGUAGAACUUCGGAGAUUGGAUUAUGGGGCGGAGUUCCUCGAUUGAGGAGAUGAGUUGUAGGCGGUUCCUCUUCUGUGGCAUGAUCUUCCUUCUUUUUUUUCUAUUUGAUUUUAUUUUGUGUUGUAUGUUUACUCUGAUAGGUAAAGGCGGCCAGAAUUGAAGUUGGUCGUGGACACGUGUCAAAAUCUGAUUAAGUCACAGAGAGGCCUUGGGUAAAAUUGGGCGUAGAAGAUUUUGAAGUCAUAAUAAUAACAAGGAUAGCAUCGAGUGAGUGAGUCCACCUACUCCGCUCUCUGGCAAAUAAUUUCCUCCUACUCCUUUGACUAUGGAGAAGAAGAGUUUCCUGGAGAGAGAAGGGAGAGUGCAGCUUCUGGUUUUGCUCUUUUGCUUCCAAAUUUCCAAUGCUUAUGAUUUAGGCAGCAGCACAGAUCCAUUCUGAGUUUCCCAUUUCACGGCGAAGCUUGGAAGGAGCUUCAUUUCGUUCACUCUCCCUUUUCGAAAGAGUGGGUCAAAGUGGAUAUCCAACUCUGUUAUAUAUCCCAGCAUCCAACUCUGGUCUUGCUAAUAAGUUGUAUGUUAUAUAGGAAAACAUAAAUUCUACAUCGGAGAAAGAGAAGAUAUGGGCCUUCGUCAAUAUGGGGUACACAAUGGAGGAGGCCUCAAUAGCAAUUGAAAGAUGUGAUGUCUAUGAAGAAGAAGAGUUCUUGGAGAGAGAGAGAAUGGAGAGUGCAGCUUCUGGUUUCGCUCUUUUGCUUCCAAAUUUCCAAUGCUUAUGAUUUAGACAGCAGCACAGAUCCAUUCUGAAUUUCCCAUUUCACGACGAAGCUUGGAAGGAGCUGGAGUUGGAGCUUCAUUUCAUUCACUCUCCCUUUUUGUUUGGCUGCUGGAUUCUGGCUGCUCAAGGAGUAAUGCAGACAAUCUGUUUGAGUUCGAUGCUAUUGUUGUUGGUACUAGCAGUAACUUCAUCGGGAGGAGGACAGUCAGAUUUGGGAGCACUCUUAGACCUCCGGAAAGGCAUUCACAAGGACCCUUCGGGGAAACUUCUUGUUUCAUGGGAUUCUAACUCCUUGGACUCUGAUGGAUGCCCCUUAAAUUGGUUUGGGGUAACAUGUAGUAAUGGUCGCGUCAUCUCAAUUGCUAUCAAUGAUGUUGGUUUGGUUGGUGACUUCAGUUUUUCAGCCAUUACUGGCCUUACAAUGCUUCAAAACUUGUCGCUUUCAAACAACCAGCUCACAGGGACCAUCUCAAAGGUUGCUUUAUUUCAGUCUCUUGAAUACUUGGAUCUCUCAAGCAAUUUGUUUCAUGGGCUAUUACCCUCCGAUUUGGUCAACUUAAAGGGUCUAGUGCUUUUGAAUCUUUCUUCGAACCAAUUUGAAGGCAUUUUGCCCUCUAGUUUUGGCAAACUUGAACAGUUGAAGUUUAUUGAUUUUCGAGCUAAUGGCUUUACUGGAGACAUUAUGAAUUUUCUAUCCAAAAUGGGUAGCGUGGUCCAUCUUGAUGUAAGCAGCAAUCUGUUAUCUGGUUCAUUAGAUUUGGGACUUGGUAACUCCUCUUUUGUUUCCUCUAUUCAGUAUUUGAACGUUAGCCACAAUUCCUUGGUUGGAGAGCUUUUUCCUCACGAUGGAAUGCCAUAUUUUGAUAGUUUGGAGGUGUUUGAUGCUAGUUAUAAUCAGUUAGUGGGUCCUAUACCUUCCUUCAAUUUUGUUGUCUCUCUACGAGUACUUCGGCUUGGAAACAACCAGCUAUCAGGUUCUCUACCGGAAGCUCUAUUGCAAGAGAGCUCAAUGCUCUUGUCAGAACUGGAUCUUAGUCAUAACGAACUUGAAGGUCCGGUAGGAAGCAUCACCUCUGCAACUCUGAAGAAGUUUAAUAUUUCUUCAAACAAACUGUCAGGCUCCUUACCUGCCAUGGUUGGGCAUUGUUCUGUCAUAGAUCUGAGUAAUAAUAUGCUCACAGGUAACUUGUCCCGAAUCCGAGGUUGGGGAAAUUACAUUGAAGUUAUCGAGCUAAGUUCCAAUUCAUUGACAGGAAGUCUGCCUAAUCAAACGUCUCAAUUUUUUAGGCUAACUUCAUUUAAGAUAUCCAAGAACUCAUUAGAAGGCAUUCUUCCGACAGUAUUGGGAACAUACCCAGAAUUAAAUGUGAUUGAUCUUAGCCUCAACCACCUACAAGGCUUACUUCUUCCAAGCUUUUUUUCUUCAACGAAAUUGACUGAUCUUAACUUAUCGGGCAACAAUCUGUCUGGGUCAAUACCCAUCCAGGACAUAUCAAGUGAUUCUUCAAGUGGUUCGGCUCAAAAUUUGAGCCUGGUGUCUAUAGAUCUGUCAAACAACUCAUUGGCCGGUCAUUUGCCCCCAGAGAUCAGUAAGUUCCGUAACUUAAUGUAUCUCGAUCUAUCUAAUAACAACUUUGAAGGUAGCAUUCCUGAGGACCUUCCAGAUGUCCUGAAAGAGUUCAAUGUUUCUUUCAAUCAUCUUUCUGGCGUCAUACCUGAAAACUUGCGGCAGUUCCCUGAUUCCGCAUUUUAUCCAGGGAACUCAUUGCUGAUUUUUCCUCGUUCCGCAUCUUCACCGAAGGAUGUCCCAAACAUGACUUUUAGGGAACACAGGCCCCUUAUGAAAGCAGCUAUUAGGAUCUCCCUCAUUGCAGGUUUGGUUGGUGGAGCUGCUGUUUUAGUUCUUUUAUGCCUUAUGAUCCAUUACAGGUCCCACUGGCAGAGAUGUAGAAAGGGCAGUUCAAAAGCAAGUUCUGGAAAGAAAGAUGCUGUGCAAGGAGGUUCUGCCCUUUCUCAUCGUCAUCGAUCAGCACCGGACAAAAAUAUAGACUGCUCAAAAUCUUCUUGUGAUCUCCUUCCAAAGCUUUCACCAUCAACCCAAAUGGGGUCUGCUCAUGAUGCCCGUGACACUUCGUCUCUUGUAAAGAAUCCUAAGAAUUUGGGUCAUCCUGAAUCAAAAGAAAGGGGUGAAGGGACAUCUUCUCCUAUGUCUCUCUUAUCAUCGUCGAAUCCAUCACCCUUUAAAAAGCCACAGCCACCAGAGAGUGCUGCUGUGCUCACAGCUUAUUCUCCAGAUAAAUUGGCUGGUGAUUUGCAUCUGUUUGAUGGCUCCUUGGCCUUCACAGCAGAAGAACUUUCCUGUGCUCCAGCAGAAGCUAUUGGAAGGAGUUGUCAUGGGACAAUGUAUAAAGCAAUGCUCGACUCCGGUCAUGUAUUGGCUGUCAAAUGGCUACGGGAGGGAAUAGCAAAAGGAAGGAAAGAAUUUGCAAGAGAAGUGAAGAAACUAGGAAACAUCAGGCACCCGAAUCUAGUUUCUCUGCUGGGUUAUUACUGGGGCCCUAAAGAACAUGAGAAACUGAUUAUAUCAACUUAUAUCAAUGCACAAUCGUUGGCAUUCCAUCUCCAUGAGGCAGAGCGAACAAAACUCUCUCCCCUGUCACUUGAGGAACGGCUUAGGAUUUCUGUAGAUGUUGCCCGAUGUCUGAACUUCCUGCAUAAUGAGAAGGCAAUUCCCCAUGGCAACCUCAAAUCCACGAAUAUUUUAUUAGAAACUCCUAGUCUGAAUGCACUCCUUACAGAUUAUAGUCUCCACCGAAUUUUGACUCCCACUGGGACUACUGAGCAAGUCUUGAAUGCAGGUGCUCUUGGCUAUCGCCCCCCUGAAUUUGCUAGCUCAAGUAAGCCCUGCCCAUCGUUGAAAAGUGAUGUCUAUGCAUUUGGGGUGAUCUUGUUGGAGCUCCUGACUGGAAAGAGUUCCGGGGAGAUUGUCUCUGGGAUACGGGGUGUGGUUGAUCUGACAGACUGGGUGAGACUGUUGGCAGAAGAAAACCGUUGUUUUGAAUGCCUUGACAGACUGAUUCUGGAAAGGCUGAGUGUAAAGAACUCCCCAAGAGUUCUUGAUGGUAUGCUACAGGUAGCUCUAAGAUGUAUUCAUCCAGCAUCCGAAAGACCUGACAUUAAAACUGUGUUUGAAGACAUUUCAAGAAUAGUGGACAAAGGGGGUGCCCCGGCAGGAUAAAUGCUCUUAACUGUAGAGUUCUUGAUACUAACACCGUAUGUCGAUUAUUUCUUUCUUAAUUUUCCAAUUGUUUUUGUCAAAAUGGUCCUGUUAUUGACAAUGCCUAGUUACAGUUUAUAGAAAAAUAAGUUCCUU